AAUGCAACAGCGGACCUCAGUAUAUUUUGAGAAUCAGUAACAAUCAGUUAAACUGCAACAAUGGCAAAAGCUUUCAUUAUUUUCAUAGUCAGCGCUUUGCUGCUGCUGCAGGUGCAAGCUGUUCCACGCAUGCGCCGCGCGACCGGUGAAGUUGCAGUCGAGCAGAAGCAUACGAGCACACAUACUGCCCGCUCUAAUGAGAAGUUGAAAUUUAGACCGCGUCAAGUGCUUAUGACUACAACCUUAGCCGAUUUACUUGGUUUGGCGAAAUAUGUGACCGAACAUGGACGUCCGCUCUUCAACAAAACACUGGCGCAAUUGGAGGCUGUACCCGAUAAGUGCGCCGGCCUUAAAGCGAACAUUACACGUAUUUCGGAAUAUCUAAAAACUAACAAACCCAGCGGGCAAUCGGAUGCGGCCGAAGACAUGUUGGCGCUUUUCGAGUCGAUGAUCACGCUAACGAGCAUAUUGCAAGAUGCUAACGAAAUGCCCCCAGAAUUGGAGCAAACAAAAACAGUGCAACAAGCUUUUAUCGAUAGUGGUUCGGAUAAGUUCGAGGAUGAUUUGAUGGCCGAAUUGAAAGUGGUUUCGGGCAAAUUCGAAAAAGCAAUCGAACAUUACUUGUCCAUCUUGACAGAGGAGCAAAAGAAGGAUGAGACCAAAUUAAUUGAUUGGUAUACUAAAUUUUCAAAUGAGAAGGACGAUGAGAAAAAGGCAGAAUUUUACUCUAAUUUCUUCGACACAUUUAAUCCAUGAAACUGCUGAUAGCAGCAUAUAAUGUUUAACUUUUAAGUGAAUAAAUAAAACAUAAGUGUAUACAGUUGCUUAAAAUA